AUGUUCUCUAAAAUAAAAAGAAUAAUACUUAGUGAUUUCCCGCAUAGCCAACAUCACCCAGUGGUGGUGAAUUGGGUGCUCGAAAUUCCAGUUGUUCGAAUGAUGCAGAAACCAUGCUGGAAUUUCAAUAAAGCAAACUGGGGGAAGUUUGCAAACUACUUGGACCUUUUAAUAAAGUGGAAUUUACCUGAUAUUGAAGUAUUUGACCGAUUCACAAAAGCCAUAGUAGUUGCUGCAAAGAAAAAUUUACUUAGAGGUUUGAGAAAAGAUUACUUAAAUCAUGAGGUACCAAUAUUCCACAGUCUACACAAUAGAUUUAUAAACAUGAAUGCUUUUAACCUGCCCUGA